AUGGAAACGGAGAGAUUGUACUACAUACGUAGGCAACAACAUGUUCUUAGAUGUGAUUCUUAUGAAAAUUUACGUAACCAAAAAGCUCAAGGAGCGACUGAUAUCUCGAAUGUCGGCCAACGUGUAAUAUUACCUUCGUCCUUUACCUGUGGUGCAUGCUAUAUGCUACAAAACUAUUUGGAAGCCAUGUCACUAUGUAAAUGGUUUGGAUAUCCUGAUUUCUUCAUAACCCUUACAUGUAAUCCCAAAUGGCCUGAGAUUAAAAGGUUUCUUAAGGAUACUUCACUUCAACCAGAAGACAGGCCUGAUAUACUAUGUAGGUUGUUCAAGAUAAAGCUUGAUGCAUUCAUUAAAGACUUAAGGGAGAAUCAAAUUUUCGGCAAAGUUCAAGCAUCAAAUUCUUUUAUAGAUGUUUAUACCAUUGAAUUUCAAAAAAGAGGUUUGCUGCAUAGUCAUAUAUGUCUAUUCAUGCAUCCUGAGAACAAGCUACCAACUGUUGAACUUAUCGAUCCGAUAAUUUCAGCAGAGAUACCAGACAGAAUUGAAGAUCCUGAAUUGCGAAGAAACGAUGGUCGUUUUGUAGAAAAAUCAGGUGUAAGGUUGGAUAAUAGAAGUGUUGUUCCAUACAACAAAUAUCUAUUGAAAAGAUACCAGGAACAUAUUAAUAUUGAAUGGUGCAAUCAGGGAUCUUCUAUAAAGUAUUUGUUUAAAUACAUAAAUAAAGGUCCUGAUAGAGCUACAGUUGCUGUUGUACCAACCAACAAUGAAUGUGAAAAUAAUGAUGCGCUCGAUGAAAUAGCUGAAUAUUACGAUUGUAGAUAUUUAUCAGCAUGUGAAGCAUCAAGGCGAAUUUUUAAAUAUGAUGUUCAUUGCAUAUAUCCUUCUGUUUUCAGACUACCUUUUCAUUUUCCUAAUCAACAACAAAUUGUAUAUGGCGAAGACGAUGAUAUUGAUGAUGUUAUUGACAAACCUUCUGUUGCGGCUUCAAAGCUCACAUCUUGGAUGGAGUGUAAUGCAAUCGGCAGUGAAGCACGAAAACUCACAUAUGUUGAAUUUCCUACAAAGUUUGUUUGGAUAUUAAAUGGUCGGUUUUGGAAGCGAAGGAAAGUAGGAAAAGCCAUCGAUAGAAUUCAUUCGGUUUCACCUAAACUAGGUCCAACAUCAUUUGAUGAAAUUCGCACGGUAAAUGGUGAAACACAUUCUUCUUUUAGAGAUGCUUGUUAUGCACUCGGGCUAUUAGAUGAUGACAAUGAAUACAUUGAUGCAAUUAAAGAAGCAAGUCAUUAUGGAUCUGAAAAAAUUUUACUUCGAAACAACUCUACUCUCAAAAACUUCAAAAACAUGCCAUACCCAGAUGUUGAAUCCGUUUCUUCUUCAAACAAUCGACUUAUCACCGAGGAGCUAGAUUACGACAUUCCCGUUAUAAAGAUUGACUAUGAUCGCAUGUUUCUUGCAUUAACAAAUGAGUAA